AUGCAGAGCAGGCGGCGGCUGCUGUCACCUGCACACUUCAGCCUGGCAGGGGGGCCGCAGUGCGACGCCGCAGAGCCUUUGAACGGCACGAAGGGGUCGGCGUGGUCGGGAUCCCUGCGGGGUGGCGAGCGGUUGCCGGUUCUGCCAAGCGAGCCCUUGACGGGCGAGGAGAGCGACUGCGGCGGCGCGGCUGCGCCGCCGUUGCAGCGCGGCUUCAACGAGGAUCGCAAGCUGCACGAGAGGGAGCAGACGCUGGCGCUGCAGAAGGCGCAGUUGGCGCGGGAGCUGCAGAAGAGUCCCUCACUACUGGUGGCGGACCAGGCCGAGGAGGUGCGGAGCCCGAGCCUUUCCACGUCGCGGGAGCUCGCUUUCCAGCGGGCCGGUGUUCACAGCCUAGACGAGUACGUCGUCCACAAACCCGCUGACGUGGUGGACGGGAUGAACCGUAUUAGUGCGUACGUCGGGGGCCGUGCUGCUGGCGGGGCGCCGCCGCAAACCUUUUGGAAUGGAGCUACCACCACCGCGCCACAUGCCAGCGGGCCGCGGAUGCAGCGCGCCGAGCCUGUCGUCAAGCGGGCUCCGCCGCUACAGUCGCCGCGGCCCGCUGACGGGAUGUUUUUGUCUGCACGGCAGCAAGAGGAGCAGCAGCAACUUCGACCAUUCCCCACGAUACCCGCAAAAAAGUGCUUGGACGCGGGGGUUCAGACGGGGACCGCAACGGAGGAUGUCACCGGUGGCAGACCCCUUACAAUUGAGCGUGACGAGACGUUUACGAAACGGGUGCCGUCGUCAGUAGCUGCAGCGUCGUCCACCUCCAGUCUGAGCCUGACACGCGCGAGCGGAGCAUCUUCAUCGGCGGAUGUCCGCUCUCACGACGGUGGAAGCCAUAACAAGCCGUGCUCGGAGGCCACCUCCAGUAGAGAGGGAAAAAAGAAGGAAAAGAGUGAAAAGUCGUUGGAUGUUCGCAGUAUAAAGACCGAAGCAGAAAACUUGACUUGCGAAGCGGGGGGCGAUAAGUCUUCACAGGAUGAAGAGGAGAAGGCGCGUAGUCCCACGCAUAAUGCGGGGGGUGUGACGGCCGCUGCUGUGCCCAGCCCUCCCCCGAAGAUUGCGACUGCGGCCUUGCCCACCCUUCUGGCUCUGCGGGCGAAGUCGCUGUCACCAGUUCCAGACCUCCGUGCGGCGCCCGUAGGCUCAGUAGAGAGCAACGAAGAAGGCGGGGGUCCAAAGGGAGGAGGGAUGACCGUCGACCCUGGAUUGCAAUAUGCCCCGCCUGUGGGUCGUACAACGGCGUGGUACCUGCCCAACUCCCGUGUGCUGGAGCAUGCCGAGUUCAAAAACCUCCUUUGUGGGGACUGGAUGCCGCCGCCGAAAUCCGUACAGGACAAACCAGCACCUGUGGCUAGGCCAAACGCAGUCAGGGUCGCGGUUGCGCAGGCAUCCUCCCCGGCUGAGGUGCGGCACCCCAGUUUGGGCACUGAGAACUUCAUUGUGGAGUUCCCCCCGCCACCGGAUCUUCAAGUUCCUGACAUGCCGCCGCCUGGGAGGCAACGGAAGAAGAGGCGCUUACGUACGUUUUACAAAGCGUGCUUAGCUUUCUUCCUCGUUUGCCGUUGUUUUCCCACCUUUAAAGAAGCAGGGCAGAAAAGGAAUAAGGUCUAA